UCGUCCCGGUCUGAGGCGGUGCUGUCGAGAGCACAGAUGCCUUCACAGAGAGUCUUCUGAACACUUCAUCCCCUGAAAUCACCGCUGGAUCCACCUGACUGCAGAGGAUUGCAUUAAACAGAUCUGAAGUCUAUCGGAUGCGCUCCUCUGGAAUGAGCUCUUGCUGACACCUUCCUCCUGGACUCUCUCACUGUUUACAAGUACGGGAGUCGUUGUUGCAGUAACCAUGACAGCAUUGCUGUUCCGGGUCGGACCGCUGUCCUACGCUGGACUUGUCAUCUUCCGCCUCCUCUCUCUGCCUCUCGUCUCGUCACAGACGCCAUCACUCCCAGCGACCUCUGACCCGGAGUCUGCGCCCUCUCUGUCUGGAGAGUGCCUGAGAAAAAUGCACCCUGUUACCUCCUACACAGCUUUGAGCCCGUGGCUUUCCUCUUUCUCUCUACCUGGAGUGACUGACUACUCACCGCUCACACUCGACCUCACCAGGAAUCAGCUGAUAGUGGGAGCCAGGAAUCAUCUCUUCCGGUUGAGUUUGAGCAACAUCUCUCUCCUGCAGGCCACAGAAUGGGGGGUAGACGAGAGCACCAGGAGGUCCUGCCAGAGCAAAGGAAAGACAGAGGAUGUGUGUCAGAACUAUGUUCGCGUCCUCCUGUUGAACGGCAGUCGUCUGUUCACCUGCGGCACUAAUGCUUUCCUGCCCAUCUGUACCACUCGCCCUGUUACUGACAUCUCCAGCGUCCUGGAGUCCAUCAGCGGUGUGGCCCGCUGUCCCUACGACCCUCGACACAACUCUACAGCCAUGAUAACUGAGAGUGGAGAAGUCUACGCAGCUACAGUGACUGAUUUCUCCAGCCGCGACCCCAUUAUUUACCGCAGUCUGGGGAACAUGCCGCCCCUGAGGACCGCACAGUACAACUCCAAAUGGCUCAGUGAACCUCAGUUUGUCUCUGCAUACGAGGCGGGCCGCUUCACGUACCUCUUUCUGAGAGAGAACGCAGUAGAACAGGACUGUGGGAAGAUGGUCUUCUCUCGUGUGGCGCGCAUGUGUCAGAAUGACAUUGGUGGUCGUUUCCUGCUGGAAGACACAUGGACCACCUUCAUGAAGGCUCGACUCAACUGUUCCCGCUCUGGAGAUGUUCCCUUCUACUACCACGAGCUGCAGAGCACCUUCUACCUUCCUGAGCAAGAUCUCAUCUAUGGAGUCUUCACCACCAAUGUGAACAGCAUUGCUGCAUCAGCGGUGUGUGCGUUUAACCUCAGUGCCAUCACGCAGGCCUUUAACGGACCCUUUCGCUAUCAGGAGAACCCUCGGACCAGCUGGCUUUCCACUCCCAACCCCAUCCCAAAUUUUCAGUGCGGGACAGUGAAUGAUUCGGGUCCGGGCGGUAAUCUAACAGAACGCAGUCUCCAAGACGCCCAGCGGCUCUUCCUCAUGAGCGAGGUGGUUCAGCCAAUCUCCACGGAUCCUCUGGUCACGCAAGACAACAUCCGUUUCUCCAGACUGGCUGUGGACAUUGUUCAGGGGAGAGACAGGCUCUACCACAUCAUGUACAUCGGCACAGAGUACGGCACCAUCAUCAAAGCCUUAUCCACAAGUAAUAAGAGUCUGCGUGGAUGCUACUUGGAGGAGAUGAACAUUCUCCCAGAAAACAUGCAGGAGCCAAUCCUGAACCUGCAGAUUCUGCACAGCGAUAGGUCGCUUUUUGUGGGACUUCCCAGCAGAGUGCUGAAGAUCCCUCUGGAGAGAUGCUCCAACUACAAAACCGAACAGGACUGUCUGGGUGCCAGGGAUCCGUACUGCGGCUGGGACCAGAAACAGAAGAGCUGUACGACGAUUGAGGACAGUUCCAACAUGAGCCAGUGGAGUCAAGAGAUCACAAAGUGCCCUGAGCGUAACCUCACCCAGGAUGGUGGAUUUGGCCAGUGGUCACCAUGGCAGGCUUGUAACCAUGACGACGGAGGUGAAGGCACCAGCACAUGUCAGUGUCGCACUCGGGCCUGUGAUAACCCUCGACCCCAGUGUGGAGGGAUGGAGUGUGUCGGGGCCAACAUCGAGGUGGCCAACUGCUCCAGGAACGGAGGCUGGACUCCCUGGUCGUCCUGGGCCGAGUGCAGCACCAGCUGUGGCAUUGGGUUUGAGGUCCGUCAGCGGUCCUGUAACAACCCAGCACCCCGACACGGAGGACGUGUAUGUGUGGGGCAGGCACGAGAGGAGAGAUUGUGUAACGAAAACAGUCCAUGUCCUGUUCCGGUGUCCUGGGUCUCCUGGAGCUCUUGGUCCAAAUGUAGUGUUGCCUGCGGUGGUGGACUCCAGUCCCGCGUUCGAACCUGCGAGAAUGGAAACACAUGUCCUGGUUGCCCUCUGGAGUAUAAGGCGUGUAACCUGGACUCGUGUGCCGAAGUGAGGCGGACCACACCAUGGACACCCUGGUACCCUGUUAAUGUGACUCAGAUGGGGGCGAGAAAGGAGCAGCGGGUCAGGUACACCUGCAGGGCUCUCCUCGCUGACCCUCACGACCUGCAGCUCGGCAAACGCAAGAUAGAGACUCGCCUCUGUCCCACCAGUGACGGAGCUGCUGCCUGCGAGACUGACGGUCUAGUUGAGGAUCUGUUGAGAAUGGGUCGACCUGUGACACGAGUGCAAGGAGCCGCCUGGUCGUCAUGGGAAACGUGGUCCUCAUGUUCCAAAGAGUGCUCCAAAGGCUUCCGCACACGCAAGCGCUCCUGCGCCACACCGGAUGGCAAGAGCACGCCGUUCGCCUGCAGCGGAGCGCCGGUCGAGCAUCACUACAACAACAAUCAGCCCCCACCACUUAUAAUACUUCUUAUCAUCCAAAGAAAGCGUGCUCGAUCAUGCUGGUCUUCCUGGUCUCAGUGUUCUACUUCCUGUGGUGGUGGUCACUACCAGCGCUCCCGUACCUGCUCUAACCCUUCCCCUGCUCAUUCUGGAGACAUCUGCAUCGGCCUGCACACAGAGGAAGCGCUCUGUAACACACACGAGUGUGAGGGUGGGUGGGGGGCGUGGUCAGAGUGGGCGGAGUGUAACGAGGAGGGGCUGCAGCUCAGGACUCGUACAUGUGAAGUAAGCUCCGCCUCUUGCCAAGGAAACUCCACAGAUCAGAGACUGUGUCCAUCCAGUGACAGCGCAAUGCUGUCAAAGGGACAGAAGAGGAGCACAAACUGUGAAGGGUUUUCUCUGUUCCAGUUGGUGCUGACUGGAGCGUGCUGUUUUCUGGGAGCCGUUUUGUUGUCUGUCCUGGUCUAUGUGUACUGCCAGAGACUCCGCAAACCCCCUCAAGAAUCCGCAGUUAUCCAUCCCAGCACCCCCAACCACCUACACUAUAAAGAGAACAGCUGUGCACCCAAGAACGACUUAUACACACCCAUGGAGUUCAAGACUCUGAAUAAGAACAACCUGCUUCCACCAGACGAAAGCUGCAACUUCUUCCCAUCAGCGUUACCUCAGACCAACGUCUACGCCACCACAUAUUACCCGUCUCCUCUGGGCAAAUACGACUUCCCUUCCAUGGAUUCACCCUGCAGCUACAUGCACAGCUGAUGCACGGACACACAUCUCAUGCUUGCUUAGGGCUGUGUGACCACGGUUACGCACCCUCAUCCCUCCAUGCAGAUGCAUUGGAAAAUGCAUGGAUCCACAGGAAGGCUGAGCGCAUAAUCUGCAUCUCAAACGGUGCAGGAAAAUGCAAAGGAGUGAUGUUCGGAUAAGACGGCCCCAUGUAGUUUUCUUGUAGCAUUUCCUUUCCUAAAUGUCAUCUUGAACUGGAAGUCACGGGUUAAGCUGAUCACAUGCUUCGUAAUACCUACAGACUGACACUCACAAAGCAUGCACUCUUCUUACAAUGCAAAGGAGCAAGAGGAAUUCUGGGAUCAAGCUCAAAACUGAAUUGUGACGUACUACUUUAUGUGCUGGCGUCUUUGUGUUGUUUUUCACAAUCGCAGAACCUCGCUCUGAGUCGAUAAUGCAUGAAGGCUUCCAGACAGCUGUGACGUCUCACAGUAAGCCUGAACAUCUGUUUCCCUUAUUUGAUCCUGGUUUACUUCUUUUUCUGCUCCAGAUCUUCAAGAACUCCAAAGAUGUGAUACAUGGGAUCAGGAUUAGCGCUAAUGCGACUGGUUAACAUCAGUGAUGUAUGGAUGAACUCAUAAAAGAGACUGUUCUCUUCAGUGUCCAAUAACAGACCUGAGCUCGUGGAUAUAUGGCCGUCCACACACUGUUACACAUAUGGCUGUGGAUUUGUCUGUCAGACACUUUUAAAGGGAAAGUUCACCAAAUAUGACAGUUCUGUCAUCUUUUACUCACCCUUAUGUCAUUACAUACAUUUAUGGCUUUCUUUCCAAAGGCAAAACACCACAUGAAUGUUAUUAUUGUUAUAAAUUUCAACAUAUUUCCCCAGUUGAUUAAUACAGUACAUUAAGAUAGCUGUUUUGUAUAGCAAGCUUUCUGAAAUGUUGUUUUAAUAUGCAAACAAGGCAUUAUCUAAUUAAAUAUGCACUCAUUUGCAUACACGCCAAGUACAGGAAUCUGAACGUUGGAUUAUUUUGUUGACCUAUUAGAGAUUUCGGAGAUCUUUAUCAAAAAAUUCACCAGAUUUUUAGGAAUAAAAUGUUAUAUAAAUCAGAUGAAUGCUAUAUGAACAAACCAAACCAAAUGUGUAAAAACCUUCAGGAUGCAGAUGGAAAUAAAACUAAAGUUUAAUCUAAGUUGAGAGGUCAGUCUUUAAAGAUGUGUAUUGCAAAAUAUACAGACAUAAGUUGAUCAAAUGUAAUAUAAAAAACACUUAAAUAUUUAUUUUGGAUGUUUUCUUUCCAUUAGUCUGAAAGAAGACAAGUUAUGGAAACAGAAUAGCCCAAAUUUACAUUUACCAGUGCAUGAAAACAAACAAAAAAACAAUAGUUUUCUGAGAAACCGACUGAAAUUUAAGUGACUUGUUUAAAGCUUUCAAAAUUCAAAUUCACAUUCAGUCAAAGUUGGUGCAUUGAGAUUGUGUAAAAGAGUGUCUCACACAUUCUGUUAAACUCUUUUUCACAAGUAAUGAAAUGAUAUGAAGAUGAGUAAAUAAUGACAAAUAUAUAGAUCUUGAUCAAUGAAUCAUUUUCAAAUUGUGACUGAAAGAUGGCAGUAUGAAAUGACUCGGUGUGAGUUGUAUUGAAUCUAAAGGGAUGUACAUUUGUAAGUUUGUGUGUAUAUUUGUAGCUGGCAUUAUAUAUUUAUACACAAAAUCAGAAUUUUUUUUUUUUUUUUUUUUUUUGAUGGAAUCAGGCAUUUUUUUCUCACUAUAACUCCACAGUGAACAUGACAAUGAAAGCAGUAUCAUUUCUUCAGAACCCUAAGAGUGCUCAGAUUUGUUUGUUUUUUUUCUGUCUGGCAUCAUGUGUUUUCUGUCUGGCAUUACUUGUUUAAUGACAUUAUGUUUGAUGAAAUAUCUGAUGUUAAUUCUUUCCAGUGAGCCCAAUGCAAGAUGCAGACAGUCUGGUUGGGUGUUGAAUGUGGCAUUGGAAGCUGGAGCUGGACGCUUGCCGAUGACGCUUUUUUACGCUGAUGUUGCAUGGAUGCUGCAUCACCUGAAUGCAGACAGUUUUCUAUGCAAUAAAAAAAGAAAAGGAUUUUCCAACACACGAUCACUGCCUUUAUACACUGUGAACUUUUUGCUAUGUUUUUAUAUGUUGUACAUUGUUAAAAUAAAUAAAUAAAUAAAUAUCCAGCUGGGUGUCAAAACACCACAAUUUA